GGCUCAGCACGACGCUCAGAGACGGUAUUUAGCCUGCUUGGGUCUGCUGGUCCUGCCAGUCUGACCUUUUUGUCCGUCCGCAACUGGAUCUCCUCCCUACAGCCCCGACGCAUCUCCCGCAAAAACCCGAUUAUUGCGCUUUUUUUCUUUCUUUCUUUCUUUUUUUUUUUUUUUUUUUUUUUGAUGAGUGGGAAAGAACUUUUCCUGAAAUGAGAUCCUCUGUUCUAGGAUCGCUUUGUGCUCUCCUCCUGCUGUUGCGGCAACCUGCAUGCUUGGGUGAUGAGGUUACCUCCAACACAGUGAACCCGUGCUGUUAUUUCCCCUGCCAGCACUGGGGUGUGUGUGUAAGGUACGGUGAGGACGAGUAUGAAUGUGACUGCACUCGCACCGGCUACCAUGGAGAAAACUGCACUGUCCCGGAGUUUUGGACCAGGGUACGUCAGUUCUUCAAGCCCAGUCCAGAUGUGUUGCAUUACAUUCUCACACAUUUCCAAUGGCUCUGGGACAUCAUCAACCACACCUUCCUACGGGAGGCUCUCAUGCGGCUGGUACUCACAGUCAGGUCCAAUUUAAUUCCAAGCCCUCCAACCUUUAACUCAAAGUAUGGCUACCUCAGCUGGGAAUCCUACUAUAAUCUGAGCUACUACACUCGGAUUCUGCCCCCGGUGCCAGACGAUUGCCCUACACCUCUGGGAGUUAAAGGCAAGGCUGGGCUGCCUGACCCUGAGCUGCUAGUUGAGAGACUGCUGAAGAGAAGAGCCUUCAGACCUGACCCCAAGGGCUCCAACCUCAUGUUCGCCUUCUUCGCACAGCACUUCACCCACCAGUUCUUUAAGACCUACAAUCGCAUGGGCCUGGGCUACACUAAGGCUCUAGCACAUGGGGUGGAUGCAGGGCACAUUUAUGGAGACAGCCUGGAACGUCAGCUCCAGCUCAGGCUUCACAGAGACGGAAAACUCAAGUAUCAGUUAAUUGACGGCAAGAUGUACCCUCCUACUGUAGCUGAUGCGCCUAUUAGGAUGAGCUACCCUCCUGGCGUCCCCCCUGAGGGUCAAUUGGCUAUCGGUCAGGAAGUGUUUGGACUGCUCCCCGGUUUGGGGAUGUACGCCACGCUGUGGCUGAGAGAGCAUAACCGAGUCUGUGACAUCCUGAAAGCAGAGCAUCCCACCUGGGACGACGAACAGCUUUUCCAGACCACGCGCCUCAUCAUCAUCGGUGAGACCAUAAAGAUCGUGAUAGAGGAGUACGUACAGCACCUCAGUGGAUACCUGCUGAAUCUGAAGUUUGACCCCACGCUGCUGUUCAACUCCCACUUCCAGUAUGGGAACCGCAUCGCUCUGGAGUUCAGCCAGCUCUACCACUGGCACCCCUUAAUGCCCGACAGCUUCUUUAUUAACGGAGAUGAACUGUCAUACGCACAGUUCCUCUUCAACACUUCUGUUCUCACACACUACGGCAUUGAGAAGCUGGUGGACGCUUUCUCUCGGCAGGUUGCUGGCCAGAUUGGCGGGGGCCAUAACAUCAAUGCCGUGGUGACCAAAGUGGCUGUGGGAACCAUAGAGGAGUCCCGCCAACUCCGCAUGCAGCCCUUCAACGAGUACAGGAAGCGUUUUAACCUCAAGCCGUACACAUCGUUCAGACAAUUCAGUGAUAAUGAAGAGAUAGUCAGUGCGCUUGAAGAAUUCUACGGUGACAUUGAUGCCCUUGAAUUUUAUCCCGGCUUGAUGUUGGAGAAAACACGUCCGGAGGCACUAUUUGGAGAGAGCAUGGUGGAGAUGGGCGCCCCCUUCUCCCUGAAAGGCCUUCUGGGAAACCCUAUAUGUUCUCCAGAUUACUGGAAGCCCAGCACUUUUGGAGGCAAGGUCGGCUUUGACAUAGUGAACUCUGCCACACUGAAGAAGCUGGUAUGUUUGAACACCAGGACAUGUCCGUACGUGGCGUUCAGAGUUCCAACGGAGGAGCAGUCGCAAGGAGGGAAAAGUGAUAGUAAAGUAUGGACUGAUGAGCUAGCUGUUGUCAUGACGACUCUGGACGACAAGAUACUGGGAGAGAAGCUGCAAUACUACUACAGCAGCAGUGAGGAUGAAGGCAGCGACAAUGAGGAUGAGGAUGGGGAGAACAAGACCAUCCGGGACGCUAACGUCAAUGAGCCUGAGAUAGACUACAGCGCCGAUGGAAGUGCUGUCAACACAGGACCAAAGGGUGUGAUCAAUGACUGGAGGAAAUACAAACAGCUGGAGGUGGAGCAGAAACAAGAACAGAAGAAAGAGAUGGAAAGACUAAUCAAGAAGCUGUCGAUGACCUGCCGCUCUGACCUAGACCUGGAAAAAGACAAGGAGAAACAAAAAGAGAUUCAGGACAAAAUUAAAGGCAAAAUGACCAUGCAGGAGUACAACAUGCUCCAGGAAGAGGAGGAUGAUGAAGACUUCCUCCAGCAUUACCGUAUGCAGCGCAUUGAAGAGAUGCGGCGCCAGCUCUGCCGUGGUAAACGCUUUGAGCAGGUCUAUGAACUUAACAGCGGAGAGGACUUUCUGGAGGCUUUAGACAAGGAGGAUAAAAGCACACUGGUCAUGAUCCACAUCUACGAGCCAGACAUCCCGGGCUGUGAGGCCAUGAGUGGCAGCCUGCUGUGUCUCGCUCAGGAAUACCCGCUCGUCAAGUUCUGCAGCGUACGCAGCUCGGCCAUCAGCACCAGCGCACUGUUCAGAGACAGUGCUCUGCCUGCUCUGCUCGUUUACAAAGGAGGAGACCUGAUCGGCAACUUUGUGCGGGUCACAGACCAGCUCGGGGAAGAUUUCUUCGCUGUGGACCUGGAGGCCCUGCUGCAGGAGUACGGCCUCCUGCCUGACAAGCCCCCCCUUGUGCCGAAGACUGUUCGCAAUGGAGCCAUCAUUCAGAACACUGUGAGUGAUGAGGACUCUGACCUUGACAUAGAUUAGAGCCACGAUAUCUAACAUUCUUUAUAUGCUUGGAGAACACGCGUAUGUACACAGUCUGCAUGGACUAUAGAUCAUUUAUAUAUAUAUAUGUGGACCCCCUGUAGUGACUGAGCCAGGAUUGCCAUUUUACUCACACAGCAACACACAACCAGCAUUGAAGCAGAACCAAAAGUAAAUGCACACAAAACACAGACAUCAUGGUCCAGUGGGCGUUCAUCAUUCCACGGUAGACAUGAGUCAUAUUUAAUGAGAGUAAAUACUGGCCAUUAACAUUAUCAAGGACCUGUUGUUAUGCACAGUGAAAAUGCUGUACAUGUAGGUUAAAUGUUUUGUUUUAUCUGUGUCUGUCAACUAUUUAUUCAUGGUGUUAAAACACAUUUCCCUGUUUUGUUUCAUGUGCAUCUUCACUGUAUUAUAUGUCACUGUAGAAUACGAAACCUUCAGCCCUAACUGACUUCUAGUUAAUUUUAUAACUUUUAUAUGUGCUGUACCAUUUCAGAUAGGAAGAACAAUAAACUGUAAAUUGUUUGGA